GCCAACAACUAGCAAAAAGCAACCACUCAUCAAACCGGCAUCAGCACCGAAAAAGCGAGAAAUAUUCGCCUGAGCUUAAACCAAAUUUUCGUAGAGUAGACGCCAACGCAUGCCAAAAUGACGCACACAAACACAAAUUGGAUCCUGGCAUUUUUCGGCACUCUGUUGGCUUUGGAGCUAGUGACUGGCUCCGAAAACAAUGAGUAUAUGAAGCGGGAACACAGUCUAGUGCGUCCAUUUCAAGGCGUUGGCGUUAUACUACCCCACUGGGAUUUUCUGGGCAACACAAUGGUCACCAGUAACUACAUAAGACUGACACCGGAUUUGCAAUCAAAGAGCGGCGCACUGUGGAACUACUCGCCCAUCAUGGGACGUAAUUGGGAGGUUCACGUUGGGUUCAAAGUACAUGGCAAGGGCAAUGAGCUGUUUGGCGACGGAUUCGCCAUUUGGUAUACAAAGGAUCGGAUGCAAACAGGUCCUGUUUUUGGCAGCAAAGAUCAUUUCUCUGGGCUGGCCAUUAUACUGGACACCUACAGCAAUCACAACGGACCGCAUAAUCAUCAACAUCCCUAUUUGAGCGCUAUGGUCAAUAACGGUACCUGGAGUUAUGAUCACGACCGAGAUGGCACCCAUACCCAACUGGCCGGCUGUGAAGUGCGCUUCCGUAAUGUGGAUUACGACACGUUUAUUAGCAUCCGAUAUGAGAACGAUGUGUUGUCCGUUUCGACGGAUCUCGAGAAUCGAAACGAGUGGAAAAACUGCUUUGUGGUAAACAAUGUGGAGCUGCCCACAGGCUAUUACUUUGGCAUGUCAGCAACAACGGGCGAUUUGUCCGAUAACCAUGACAUUCAUACCUUCAAGUUCUUCGAUAUUGACACAAAUAUCAGUCAUGAGGAGAUCUUGCAGCGCAGCAACAUUAUUCCAAAUGCCAAAACAUUUGAAGCGCCGCGAGAGCACAAAGAUGAUCCGAAGCCAGGAAUGUCGAAUGCCAAGAUCUUUUUCAUACUGCUAUUCGUAGUGCUGGUGACGGCGGGCGUGGCUAUUUUCGCCAUAUCGUAUUUCAAGGAUCGCAAUGCGCGAAAACGCUUCUACUGAAAAACGAGAGCUCCAACUGCAACAGCAACAGCAACAAUAAAUGCAACCAAACCUAGGCAUAGUCUACCAAAACAUCAUGUUACAAGCAGCAGCUGACAAGUUUCAAGUCCUUUUACAGUUAAUUUAUAUUGAAUGUGUACCCAUUACGACGAUACUUGUUCAUACGUUAUCUAGACUACCCGGUUUUUGUUAGAAUGUUCAUUUUUUUGAAAAUUGUGGAUUAGGCAAAACAACAACGACGCAACGGGCAACAGACAAACGGGCAAUUGUUAAAUUUAAGUGAAAAUUUUUAAUCUGAACUAUAGACAAAUUGAGACCGUAAGAAUAUUAUUGCAGUGUGUGUACAUUACAUUAGAAAAGAUUUAAAAAGAAACGACCAACCAACUGCAACUCAUAA